AUGAGCCUUGGAGCCGGUUGAAUAGGAACAGGAGGAGAAGGUUUAAGCGCACACUCGAGGGCUCAAACGUGGAGCUGCCGGGAGGGAAAAGGGCUCCCAGCUGAAAGGGGACUUGCUCAGCAGUGGCAGGCAACCAUGGCUUCAAAUUUUAAUGACAUAGUGAAGCAGGGCUAUGUGAAAAUCCGGAGCCGAAAACUGGGGAUGUAUAGAAGGUGUUGGUUGGUGUUUAAGAAAGCCUCCAGCAAAGGCCCAAGAAGAUUAGAGAAAUUUCCCGAUGAAAAGGCAGCAUUUUUCCGGAACUUCCACAAGGUAACUGAGCUGCACAGCAUCAGGAACAUAAGCAGGUUGCCCCGAGAGACAAAGAAACAUGCUGUGGCAAUUAUCUUUCAUGAUGAAACAUCAAAGACAUUUGCCUGUGAGUCAGAGCUGGAAGCAGAGGAGUGGUGUAAGCUUCUUUCAGUUGAGUGCUUAGGAUCCAGACUCAAUGAUAUCAGCUUUGGGGAGCCUGAUCUUUUGGCAGCUGGUGUUCAAAGGGAACAAAAUGAGCGGUUCAAUGUGUAUUUGAUGCCAACCCCCAACCUGGACAUCUAUGGAGAAUGCACCAUGCAGAUCACACAUGAGAACAUCUACCUAUGGGACAUCCACAAUCCCAGAGUAAAACUUGUCAUGUGGCCGCUCAGCUCUCUCAGGCGGUAUGGAAGGGAUUCGACAUGGUUUACAUUCGAAGCUGGCAGAAUGUGUGAUACAGGAGAGGGACUCUUUACAUUUCAGACACGGGAAGGAGAGAACAUCUAUCAGAAGGUGCAUUCAGCGACUCUGGCCAUCGCCGAACAACAUGAGCAACUGAUGCUGGAGAUUGAGAAGAAAACACGGCUGCAAUCCAGUCCGAGUGAGGAGAUGACACUAAUGACGAUAACACUUCCUCGUAGCGCGUACUGGCAUCACAUCACCAGGCAGAACAGUGUCAACGAACUGUAUAGCUUACAAGGGAAUGAAUUAAAUUUGACAAAGGUUCCUCGAGCACAGACCUUCCCCAGCUACAUCUCAGAACAGAGUCACGAGCACCAACACUUAUUAUCUCCAUCUAGUGGCUACGGAUCGAGCUACAGCUCUGGGCUGGCCCAGUGAUGUGCACCGAACAAUGGGAGGAGUCACUGUGAGCCAGGCCACGUGUUACUGAGACAAGCCUGAAUGAGUAACAGUGAGGGGCAAGGACUACAUACAGGUGAAACACAACAAGACUUGGAUGGCUUUUGCUGUACUUGAAGCAUUCAGGUGAUAGACUGAAUAUUCAUAGGCUUAAAAAUACAUCUUUUUUUAAUAUUAAUUGGCUCCCACCUGCUGAUAACUACAUACCUCCUUGGGACAUAGAAUUUGAUGUAUAAAAAAUGCAAUGUAGAGUAUUUUUAAAAUCCAGCUGCUGUAAAACAUAGCUUCUGUGUGUUAAACACAAUUGUUUGCAUAGGUCUGAAAGUGACGAGUCAAAUUGUCUGUGUCUGCAACAACUGUCUAACAGUGCUUCUGUUUCUAAUACUAAUUCAGGUAUUGCUUUCAGAUCUGCCCUGCAGUUAUUCCCAGAUAUCAAAUAGUUUUUCUCAGAAACAAAUGCCCAAGACUGUUUUCAUUCUACAUCAGGUUGCAGUGUUUUUUGAUGCUAUUUUGUUUAUUGAGGAGAAUUUUCUGUGAAGAAUAAGGGCUCUGUGGUUCAAUUUUGAUGAAGGUUUUGUGUGUCCGGGGAAGGGGGAUGUGAUGGGUGGUGGGGAAUGAUGGGGUCGUAUGAGGGGUUUUUCACAGGUUGAACAUAAGACUAUGCAGGUGGUUUUAAGCUUCAACUGCAACAACUGUACACAUGAAGAACAAAAUAAGGAAAUUGAUAAUUCACUUUAGGACAAA